AAUCUAAGAAAAACGGAAGCUAGAUGUGUGCCACUUCACGGUUCGGUAACGCUUUCUAGGACCUCUUUGUGCAUAGUUUGAUUGAACCAGUCUUAGUCCACGCCCGCCAUUAUUCUCAGCAUAAUUUUCUCCUCUUUCUUCCUUUCCCAUCACUCUUCCAAACCCAACGAUUUCUCUGAUCACAACAAUCUAUGCAACCCAAAGAAAGCGGAACUUAACAAAGCAUAAGAACAAAGAGAUGAGCCAUUGGAUACACGUGGCGGUUGCAGCAUCCGCGGUGGGAUGCGUUUCGACCCUUUUGUUGGUUUUCAUCUGGCGUUGGUGUCAUCAAAGAAAGCGUAGAAAUUUCGUAGAACCCGCUAGCUUGACCAGAAUGGAGAGUCUCCAAGCUGGGAUUUCAACUCUUCAUCACCAACCUUCUCAAUUGGAUCAAGGAAGCAAGAACAAGAGCAAUUACAAUUACUAUGUUUUUCGUGGUGGGGUUUCUGGAAAAAGAACCUUGUUCAAUUGGGGUGAUCACCCUUCUAUGGCUGCUGAUGCUGUUGAAAAUGGGUGGUCAAGAUUCGCCUUCACGGGUUACAAGAGCUACACGCCAUCUCCUUCAAAAAGAUCAGCACUUUUAGGUGUGUGCGCUGCACCAACAAGUGAUCAUGGAAGAGAAUCAGAGGCUGAGAUAAGCUGGGAAGUGUCACGUGGAUCUGCUGAGUUUAUGCAGAAGGUGAGAUUGAAUCCUGGGAUGAAAAAGUCUCAUCAAAAUAACAACAAAGACCCUUCUUCUAUGAUUGUUGCUUCUAUCAUUAGAACGGCUUUGCCACUUCCUGGCCCUCCUUUGGGGAACUGUGCUUUUCCACAAGAAGCAUAUUUUGAAAUUACUAUUUUGUAUUCUCGUGGGGAUGACUAUGAAUCGGUUGGGAAGAGUGAAGGUGAAAAGACCAAGCUCCUUGUUCAAGGUAACUCUAAUGCUAAAGGGAAUUCGGAGGCUUUGGUUCAUGUUACCAGCAGCAAUAGUCAUAAAGCCAACAAUGUUGAAGAAAUAAAGCUUGGUGGCAAAGAGGGUGGGAAGAGUGAAUCUGUGAUGUUCUCGUUGGGAUUAACCGCUGGAGGUUCUGUUCCUUUGAGAGUUCCCGGUAGCUACCCCGGGAGCAUUGGCUUCAACUCCAACGGUUCUGUCUAUCUUGAUGGAAUGAAACUUGUAUUCGAGUCUGAGAAGGCAGAAUGGGUAGGAACCGAUAGGGUGAUUGGUUGUGGGUUUGAUCCUAGGCAGAAGAAGGUUUUCUUCACCUUAGACUCUGAGCUAGUGCAUGUCAUUCACUGCCAAUCAGAAGAAUUUGGCACUCCACUCUAUCCAAUCUUGGCUGCAAAUAUUGACAUUCUGGUAUUAAUUAAUUUUGGACAAAGUGCAUUUAAAUAUGCACCUGCAAAUGCCCAGAGAACACCAAAUCCAUGCUUUAUAGCCCCACUUGUAAAUUCCCCUGCUGCUACAUUGGGCUAUGAUGACAGCAAGGAGCUAUUCUCAAUGGGAAGGAUUGAUUCUCAGUGGCUCAAUCGGUCUACAACCAAAGGAAGUCACAACAAUGGGAGUAAUACUAAUACUAAUAAUCACACAACGGAUUUUGAUGAGGAAUCUGAGGCUGAUCUAUUUGAAAUCGUCUUAGAUGGUUCUGGAAAAUCUCCAUACACAGCAUCAUAGCUUAACAGCAAAGAGUGCGCAAAGUUGGUAUUUGUCUUGGCUCUGGCAUUUAACGUCAUCAAUACUUGUCUUAAUAGAACAUGGCUUUGCUGCACAUACAUCGUCUUCAUUUGGAAGAAUGUUUGUUGUGUCUCACAAUCUGAGUGGGAUCUUUGGCAUCCUUUAGUGCUAUACAAAUAUAUACAGAACACACACACAGAGAAUCAUAUACAUGACAGAUUACUUUAUCUAUCAUCACUAAUUGUGGAGGCCUUAACAUUGACUAACUAGUCAAACACAGUUUGUCUUUCGUUUUCCACUCUCUUUUUCUUUUUCCAAGUGGCCAAGCAUUUGUUUCGUUGUUUUCUUUUGGAAGAGGACACAGUCUCCCCCCUUGUAAAUAUUGUAUUCUGAUAUAAUUAGAAGUUUACUUUCAGGCU